AUGGGUACGACCUCAUCUUAUUCAUUGGAGUCCAAAUUGGGAGACUGCAAACGUGCUGCAGGUGUUCGACGCGAGCCCUUAAGGAGAAUCACCGGCAGAAAUCUCAACGACCUACCUCUUGAUGGGUUCGAUUACGCCUCCAUCCUCAGCCAGUGCUCCGAGAUGUCGGUUGGGUUCGUCGCAUUGCCCGUUGGCAUCGCAGACCCGUUGGUUUUGGAUGGGAGGACUUACUACGUGUCGAUGGCCACGACCGAAGGGUGUUUGGUUGCAAGCACGAAUAGAGGGUGCAAGGCCAUUAGGGAGUCAGGUGGGGUCCAGAAUGUUGUGCUUAGGGAUGGGAUGACGAGGGCCCUGAUGGUGAGGUUUAUGCUUAAGUAUGAAGAUAGCAAGGUUCAGCAAGUAGCAAAAAAGUUGCUGGAAGCUGGAACUGGGUAUUUAAUGCCAGAAUUCAUGGAAAAGCCAGAACUAUGA